AUGACGACAACUCCAUUAUGUGUGUUUGAAAAACUAUCUAAAGCAGCUUUUAUGAAUGAAGUUCAAAAAUUUCCAGUAUUGUAUGACAAGUUUAAUAGAGAUUUUAAAAAUAAAUGGAAAAAGAAAAAUGCAUGGGAAGAAGUUGGUCAUCUUUCAAACUUAUCUCCUAAUCAAGCGGAAGAGAAAUAUAAAAGCAUUCAAAAUAGUUAUGGAAGGUGGCUGAAAUCAAAAAAAAAUAUUCCAUCAGGUUCUGGAAGGAACUCAGUUCCACCUCAGUUUCUUCAGCUCGAUUGGCUAAAUACUUUUAUAGAACAUCGCGAAACAGCAACCAGUAUUUGUUUACCUUCUAACUCAAGAUUAGAAACAUCGAAUUUGGAAGAAAACAUUGACAUGGUAUGUGAGCAAGUUGAAAAUACUCAUCAUCCAUUUAAUAAUGAUCAUAUAUCUGAAGAUGUGACAGAAAACAGCUGUAUAAAUACUUGCGUACAAGGAGAGUCAAGUGAAUCAACAAUUCACGCUAAUAACAAAAAAAAAAAAAAAAAAAGUUGGAUUCUUAUGAUUUACUUGAUAGAACCUUAG